UAGAGCUAGCUGAUCCAAAACACGCUCUCCAUAGUAAAUAUAGACAUUUUUAUGACGUCAGAUUAAACUCAUAUCGCUGUCAGUCACCCUUCCUACCCUAAUGACGUCAUCCAAUCACUUCCUGUUACAGUUCAAGUACGGAAGAGAUUGCACCAAAACUUUCCCAUAAGAUUCAUUUUUAGGUCGCUUCUAUUCGCAAGUGCGAUCAUUAAGUAUGGCGUACCCAGGAUAUAACAAUUUUGGUGGUCCACCAAUGCCAGGAGUUCCUGCUCAGGGUAUGGCAAUGCCAGGGGUUCCUGCUGCAGGUGGUUACCCAGCACAGUCAUAUGGGGGUUACCCUGGGGCAUUUCCUGCUCCUUCUGCCCAGGACCCAAUGUGGAGAUAUUUCACAGCAAUAGCUGGUCAGGACGGUGAAGUUGAUGCUGAAGAACUUCAAAGGUGCCUCACCCAGACUGGAAUCAGUGGCACCUACACUCCCUUCAGUUUGGAAACCUGCAGGAUUAUGAUUGCCAUGCUGGAUAGAGAUUACACUGGAAAGAUGGGUUUCGAUGAGUUUAAAGAACUCUUUUCAGUGCUCUGUUCUUAUCUCUCCAACUUGAGUCAAAAGUUUGUUUCACGCUAG